GAUCAGCUGGCAAGUACUGAGCUGGCACGCAUAGCAGGAGAAUUUGAUGAAGAGGGAAGCGAGACAGAGGGACCCGGGAACAAGGGAGAUGACUUGCUGGCCAUGAUGGAUGAGCUUUAAAGAGGUGAACAUGGAAGUGAGCCAUUCGAUUCGUGAACGCACCAUCGCCGAGAACAGUCUGGUGAUUCUCCUGCAGGGACUGCAUGGUCAGGUGACCACCGUUGACCUGCGAGACGAGAGCACGGCCAGGGGACGUGUUAUUAAUGUGGACGCUUUCAUGAACAUCCGGCUGGAGAAGGUUCUGUACAAGGACAGACAUGGACGCAUGUCCAGUAUGGAUGACCUGUUUGUCACUGGCCGAAAUGUCCGCUACGUCCACAUCCCAGACCACAUGAACAUUACAGAGACAAUAGAGGCCCAGCUCGCCAAAAUACACCGCGUGCGAAACUUUGGAGCAGGCGGUGGACGGAAAGAAUACUCUAAGAAAAAAUAGUUUAUAUGCAAGAUUAAUGUUUGUCUUGCAAAUGGAUGGCUUUUGUUAUUUAUUUUUUUAAGUAAUGCAGUCAUGGAGCAAAAAGUAAUGCAGUAAUGUAGAUUGUUGUUCCUAGUAAGUAACUGAAAUAGUUCUGCAUAUGUUCUCAAGGAACAGUGUGGGAAAAGUGAUUUCUGUUUACUUUGUUUUGCUCUGGUGGUUUGAAAAUUCAGUAAAUGGAUAAAUGUUGUGAAACAACCA